AUGAUCGGCGCCACUUUUUGCCGUGGUGUUUCCGCCAAUCUUGGCUUCGAUACCAUUGUCUCUGCUGGCCUAGUCUCUUUAGCUGCUGGUUUAGAAAUUCACCUCCUUUCUGCUAAUCUUUCGCCUGCCAUGUCUUUUAUCCAUAACCCGGUGACAUCAUCUAUCAGGCUGUUCUUCAGAGAUGCCAGCCGCCGAGGGUGCACACAGACCGCAAGGCCCUUUUCCUCUUGUCGACAGGCUUACCAAUCGUCGAAACGUGAACUUCAGACUGCAACGGCCUACAGACCACAGACUCUAGUCGAGCCUUUCCCUCCCCGUAACGCCGGAACCCCCGACACAUCCAUCUCAAAGGCUAUUCCUAGCUCGAGAGGCGCCGACCUGUCGCCAGAUCCGCUAAAUACAAAGGGCACCGAUCGUUUCAAGAGCUACAGUCUCCCAGAAGCAGAAGCACAAAAGUCGCGAUCCUUUUCAUCUCCAGAUUUUACGCCAGCAACAACCCCAUCUCCGUCGACACAAGCCACGAAACCACGUCGAAGCAAAUUGAGGCCACGGAAAGCGGCCAUGAUUCUUACGCCUGCUGCUAUAUCUCAACUACGCAACCUCCUGUCGCAGCCAGAUCCCAAAAUGAUUCGCGUAGGUGUGAAGAACCGUGGCUGUUCGGGCCUCUCGUACAACUUGGAAUUUGUUGAGAAACCAGCUCCCUUUGACGAAGUUGUGGAACAGGAUGGGAAUCAAAGUCCUCGUCGACAGUAA